CAACAGUAGAUUUAGUUUGACAAAAAAAACACGAGGAAGCAUGUUCUCUUUCUUUCCAGGGAUAAUUUUAAAACAAACUUUCGGGAAUUAACAAACAAUGGUGCCUGUUCAAUCGGUCGAAGAUCAGAUGAAAGCUGUACUAGACUGUGUGGUCACUGAGGAUAAAAUACCCACAGAUGUCAGCACUACGUUAAAGCUUUUCAUGAACAAACUUGAUGAGUGCUCAAGGAGCAACAUAAAGCGAUGCAAAGAGCGUAGUCUGGAGGAGGCAGGCCAGCUGCUGAGGAAGAUCCCAGUGAAGCAGCUUCAGUGUUUAGAGGAGAGGCUCCUCUUGCCACUCAUCAGGCUACUCGUCGCCAUGCAGAUGCAGAUGUUUAACAUCGCCAGUCGCAAAUUAGACCAGAUGUUACAACAUCUGGCAGAAGUCAAUCGUUUGCUGGUUUUUCGAGAAAUCCAACACUGUUUGUGCACUAUUGUGGGAAAGGAUCAGGCAUUAUCCAUUGGGGACCUCCAGAUAGCUUGCAUGUUCCUGGAGGACAGCUCUAUUGGUCGUGAGCUGUGGCGAGAGGCCUGCCCUUCCUUGAUAGAUAAAGUGGCUGAGUUAUUCCCUGUAAUACUGGAGCAGGAGGGUUUGAGAAAUGGACCACUGUGUUACCAAGCUGUCAAGGUGUGUUUGCAGGUUUUUCAGCUGUUGCCAGGUGAGGUGGCCCCUCUGGUGUGGGAGAAGGAACAGGGGAGUUUGGCAGUGCAGAGCAUCCUACAGUCUCUAAUGGACAUCAUCCUGGGACAGUGCUCCAACAGGGACACCCGUCUCCUGGCUGGCACCACAGUGGCCAUGCUGAUUAACACCGUACUCGAGGGAGGGGAGGGAGGAGCAGCUGCCUGGAGUCUGCUACAAGUCACUCACUCAGAGCCGUGGCAGCUGUGUGUGGGUGGUCUCCAGGUGCAGUGCAUCCCCCGCUCGCAGGAUGGAGUGGACAGACUGGCUGUGAGCAGGGGUCUGCUGACCUGCUGUAGAAGGGGCAUCCUAGUCAGUCAGGUGGACACCACAGGGACUUGUCUACUCCUGGGUGGUUUGUUUCCUUUGGUCUCUGCUUUGUGUGAGGAGAAGCUUGACUGUCACUACUAUGUCUUUGAAGUGUUAACACUGUGGCUGAAGAGUGUUAAGGAGUGUCUAGCUGAGAUCUGGGAGGUGACCAGCGCUCCCCUGCUGCCCGAUGACUCUAGCCUGAGACAACAACUCAUCCAGGUCAUCUGGGACAAUGCUGAGAGUCCAGUCGAGGGUGUGUCAGAGGUUGUGCGCAGUGCGUUCUGCCUGCUGCUGGAGAUCUAUGAGAUGGACUGCCAGCGUUUUGGAGACACACAGAAGAACCUGCACAUUUCCUUACUCCACCGCAUAACCAAACUGCCCUGGGAGGCCAAAGCCAAAUACUUCCCCCUCUGUUCACUGCUCCCUUAUGUUGGCACUGACAUGGUGCUGGAGCAGUACUCCGAGCUUCCCAACCAUCUCCUGAAGUGCAUGUCCACCAAUCAUCUGUCCCCAUGUGCCUCAGAGCUUUACAAGUGUCUGAUCCAGAAGCAGCGGUGCGAGCUGUGUGAGGAACUGGCCCAGGAUGCUCCUCCCUUGGAGCUGGAUCUGGCCAAUCAGUGGGCCAGGCGUUGGCGGACCACUCUGCUGGAGGCCUUGACCUCUGACGUGACCCUUCUUCAGAACAACAGCUCCAGCCACUUGCUGCCCUGGACUCUGCGUGUCUUCCCCGCUGCUGUGGAGCCCCUGCUGGCCCCUCUAGACCCUGCCUCUCCAGGGCACCUCCAUGCCUGGGCCUGUGUGAUGAGUGCCCGCCGAGCCACUUAUGGAGGCUCCCCCUGGGCCCUGGAGAGUGGCUAUGCCCUGGAGACUCUCCGUCUUGCCCUGGGAUGUGUGGACGAUAGAGUCCGCCUGGCCGCCCUCAACCUGCUAUGCUGCAGCCCAAAGACCAAAGAGGCCCCGACGCCGGAGGAGCUGUCGACCAUGAGGACCUUCAUCCCCCAGAACCUCAACAGUGAGUCGUCACCGUUCCGCCAGCACCUUCAGGCGGGGGUGAAGAGGUUUCUGGUCCGGAUCCGAGACAGCUGCCUGGCCCACCUCAGAGGACAGAAGGGAAAAAGGGACGGUGGUGUCAGCCUCACAAAGGAGACAGAGAUGGCACUUGAUCAGGGAGUAGGGUUUGUGGACUGGCUGUCCCAGCUGACAUUGUCCUAUCUGGCACCAGGACACAGCUACCAGAGGAAAAAGACUGUCCUGCUGCUGCUGUCUGCUGUACUAGAGACCUGCACAGACACCUGGAGCCCAGACAAGAAGAAGGGCCAACCCCCAGUUAACAUGGCCUCUUUGAUCAACUGGGCAAGGCUGAGAGGAUGGUGGGAUUUCUUCUCUCGAUCAAAACAGCUGGUCCUUAUUGGCUGUUUAGAGGAUUCCACCAAUGAGAUUCGGGAGCUCUCUGCGGGGUUACUGGUGAGAUUUUUCCCACCUAGUUUUCUGGAGGACAUUACUCCUGUGCUGUUCGGCCGAGCAGAACUGCUCCUCUGCAGUCCCCGUGUGCCGGAGGCUCAGAUGGGAGCUCUGAUCAUCAAGGUCCUCCUCCAGAAGUCUGGAGGUCAGUCUCAUGUGCCCUGGCUGGACAGCCGUAUCAACUACGUCAGUUCUGGGGACUCGAAGGCCUCUACUCUGGUCAGGUAUCUACUCAAGGAACUCGAGCAGCAUUACCUGAUUGCUAAGGAUGAUAUGAUGCUUGCUGCAAGGACCAAACCCAUACACGGUAUUUUGACUGCCCUAGAGAGGUGUAUUCUAGAGGUACCUAACACCCUGUGUGAUGUGGUCGAUCACAGAAUGACCAUAGAGAUCCUGGUUCUCCUGGAGAGGAUCACUCUGCUCCUACUGGGUGUGCUGUAUGGAGACCAGGAUGCCUGCGGUGAUGAGAAAGAUAUACCCCCAUCUUUCUGUGACAUGGGGAAUGCCAUCACCUCUCUGAUAGGCCAGGUAGCAGGAGAGGACCAGGGGGAGGGGGAUGAGUGUGUGCUGCUGUCUGAGGAACACAGUCUGGUCCUCACCUGCUGCUGGGUUUCCCUCAAGGAAAUAGGAAUCUUUCUAGGUUCUCUGGUGGAGAGAAUCCUUGCUCAGGCCAAACAGACAGAACCCUUCCUAACUUUAGAAGACCUGAAGAGGGCCUCUAAAGUGUUCAAGAACAUUCUUCUCAAAUGCCGCCACUGGGGGGCAGUAGAGGGCUGCUGUGUGGGCUUUACCAGGUUCUGUGCCUGUCUCCUGAGCAGCAGUGACCCAGAGCUCAGGGAUAUCCCAGCACACAUGCUGAAGCAGGGCCUAGAAGUGCUGCAGUCUCGCUGUACGUCAGUGACCCGGCGGGCGGCAGGGCUUCCCAUGCUCAUCCUGUGUGUGGUGUCAGCAGAGGAGGCCAGUAAGGCCCGGCCCCUCCUGGCCCACAGCAUACACACCCUGCUGGACACAGCCAGGUCCCCUCUGCCCCAGGACUGGGACCAGACACUGGACCUGCCACAGGUGUGUGCGGUCCACACCCUGCAGGCCCUGGUACGAGGCUCUGGGCUGGGGGUGGCUGUGCUGCAGUUUGCCCCGGCUGUGGCCAUCCUGUCCCUGACCCUCCUCAGCUCCCCCUGCUGGGCCAUGAGGAAUGCUGCACUGCAGCUCUACAGCUCUCUGUGCUCAAGGUUGCUGGGUCAGCGCUCUGGAGGUGAGGAGGGCUCCACCCAGCAUGGCAUGUCUCCCCCCGCCUUCUUCACCCACUACCCUGCCCUGCAGCCCUUCCUCCUGGGGGAGUUGAGGGGGGCGGCAGAGGACUUGCAGGGUCCCUCUGGGGAGGCCCGGCUCCGCCUGCACCCCUCCCUCUACCCUGUCCUCACCCUCCUGGCCAAACUCCAGCGAGGGGUCCAAGACCAAACUGGCAGCACUCUGUCAGACUUCCUGAUUCCCCUGCUCCAGCUGGCUGCCAGUCCCGUCUACAGUGUGAGGGUCAUGACCUCCAAAGCAUUGGUCGCCAUGACGCCCCCCUGCCAAUACGUGAGCACCCUUCUCCGGUUGACAGGAGAGCUGCCGGAGCCCCAGGACCCCAGCUGUCACAAUCGUCUGCAUGGACAGCUACUGCAGAUCAGAGCCAUCCUGGACAGGGGUCUAUGCACACAACGUCCUCCCCCAGAUGCACUGUGUGAUGUGGUGGACCGUGUAGAGUCCAGACUGUGGUUGGUGACAGGGGCUCAGCACUGUCCCCUAGUGCGUGGGGCCUACCUGGGUGUGGCAGGCCUGCUGAGGGGGUUCUGCUCUCAGGGGUUCCUCCGCCAGAUGAGGGAUGUGCUCCUGUCAGAGCUCCACUCACCACACCAAAGGCUCCAGGUUGGGUCCGCCUCCUUCCAUCAGAACGCUAUCCACUUCCUCUGUGCAGAGCCCCGGUGGGCUUGCCAGGUGUGGGGGAGUUUCUCCACAGAGAGCUCUGACCUGAGGCUGUCAUUGGUCAGUUGGGCGGCUGAAAGGCGGCGAUGGAGUGGGACCAGCAUGCAACAGGUGCUGCAGACGGCUCUGCAGGCCAACCUGAAGGAGGCGCUGUUGGAUCAGAGUGUGGAGUACAGCAGGACAUACCUGACAACUCUAAUUGCCGUGAUGACUCCUGGGGCUGACCAUACUCUGUCCCAGGAGCCUUCCCCUUCUCCCCCCCUGGAGGGUCCAGUCCUGCUGGAGUGUGUGGAGCUGCUGCUGGGGGCCCUGGAGGGCCACAGAGGGGGGCCAGAGUUUCUAUCCCAGGCCCUGUGUGCUGCCAGCCUGCUGCUCUCCCAAAGUCUUCAGACAUCUCUGUUCCCUCGGUGGUGCAGUCUGUUGGAGGUCCACCGGGUGCCAGAGGCCCCUGAGGCUCUCAGGAGAUCCUGUGCCGGGGCCCUGUGUCUGGCUGGGGCCCCCUUACUGAGCAUGGCCCUGAGGGACCACACUCCUCUCCCUGUCUUCAGCACCAGGUUGAUCAACACAGGGCUUUACCUGCUGCAGGACGAGAGCCAGCAGGUGAGGAUAAAAGCGGCAGGUUUUGCCUCCACACUCUGCCAAGCCAGGAGAGGAGGAGGGGAGAGGAGCAUGUACCUGAUGCAGGUCAACCAGGCUCUGCCCUUCCUGCUGGAGCUGCUGCUGGAGGAAUGCUGGGAUAGUCCUGGUGCCCUGGAGGUGUUGCUGUGUCACAUGCCCCAGUCUGACCUGAGCUCAGUCCUGAGGGAGGCCAGGGACACUGGGUGUGCCAGUCUCUAUGAGCAGGAUGAGGCCAACGUAUUUGCAGAACCGUCUGUGAUGUCAGCAUGUCUGCUUCCAUACCUGCUUCAGCUCGCUGAAAAGUACCCAGCAUCCUCAGUGGUGGGAGAACGCCUGGGUGUAUGGGCCAGGGAGAAUGUUACAGACCUGCUGGAGAACCUCCGAGUCUGUAAAGACCUCCAGCCAGGUGACACCCUGGACCCGUCCUGGUUGGCCCUUCUCAUGGAUUCUAGUUUCCAUGGCACCCUGUGUGGUCUGUGGGCCAGGGCAGCAUUCCUCCUGCGGCUACUAGAAAUGUCUGAUGACCUCCGGCCCCUCUGUGAUCCCGAGAGUUUACGUAAGAACAUCCAGGAAGUUCACUGUGUGCUCCGCCAGAACGGUGUCCAGAUGCCCGCUGCCUUUACUGCAGCUCUGACUGGAGACCUGCCUUGAUGAUACAGUAGUCUGGUCCACACUGUGACAACAGAUUGCCUUAGUUCUCCUCUUUGACGAUCCAAGUCCAGAAUGAAUGAAUCCAUGGAUGCUGCAUGAAUGCCUACUGCAGCUACAAACAACGUGGGCAUUGAAUGUACUCUCUGUAGCUUCUGCACUACAGUACAGUAGCAUUUGGCAGGCAGGUUCUCCAAUUAGUUAUGUAAAAUAACUGACUACAGCCAGAUGAAUGCAAUGAUCAGAUUACUUGCUGCUGCUGAUGAGGCCUGCUAAGUAUUGACCAGCUAUAGAGAGCAUCUCCUUACACCUACUAUGCCUGAACUGAGAGUGUCUAUACCGAUCCAAAGAGCCUCUUAGAACAUCUCUGUUGAUACUAUUGUGUAUUUUAUUUACUAUGUUAAUGCAUUUGCAUGUCUGUAAUCAGGAUGCAGCCAUGAUGCAAGUAUUUUUGUAUGAUUUUAAAGGAUGAAUGUUUAAUUUUAUAGAUUAAAUAAUCUAUUACAGUGGGGUUGUCCUCUUUUCUGUAGGCUUUUAUGUUUAGGAUGUCUUUAUCUGUUGCCCAACAUUAAAUCCCUCUGUGCUUGAACAAGGCCCCUCUGUGAAUUCUCA